CAUCACACACAUUGCCUCUCGGCCCCUCUCUCAAAGCUGCGCUACCCGCUUUGUCUCUCACCAUCUCACUCUCAUGCAGCCCUCCCAUCUCUCACGCAGCCAGCAGCCACUCUCUCACGUCUCUCUGUCUUCAACAGUUCGGGUUUUAAUUGAGUGCUCACUCACUGGUGAAUUAAACAAUACUCUGUGAGAUAAAGAAAUGUUGGAUGAAAGCAAGUUUGAUGUGCAUCUAAAACUGUGGGCACUUCGAGUUCCUCGCGAGUUUUGCAAGGUUGGCACUCGAAUUUUAAACGGGUAUUUACUUGACAAGGCUCGCAUUAAGCCUAUCACUGAAGAUCCAACAUGUGAGAAAAACCGUUACAUGAUUUUAUCUGAAAGAGUUCAGAAUCCUGAUUUAUCUGAUAUUCCAGAAGAAAAACUUGGUGAACUGAAAGUUUUAUGCAAGAUUGAAGUAGUUCCCUAUUCACUGACACUUGGAUAUUCAUAUUGGAGUACAGAUCAUGUAUUGAAGCAGAUUCUACCUCCUGGAGUGGAGGUUCCUUCAUCUUUUGAAACGAUAGGUCACAUUGCUCAUCUGAAUAUACACGAUGAAUUACUUCUCUACAAGGAUGUUAUUGCAAAGGUUAUCUAUGAUAAAAAUUAUCCAAGAAUCAAAACGGUUGUUAAUAAAGUUGGUACAAUUACAAAUGAGUUCCGUGUGCCAAAGUUUGAAGUUCUUGCGGGGCAAAAUGAUAUGGUUACAGAAGUGAAGCAAUAUAGGGCAACUUUCAAGCUUGAUUACAGCUUGGUCUACUGGAAUUCAAGAUUGGAACAUGAACACAUGCGGCUGGUUUCUCAGUUCCGAGCUGGGGAGACCGUUUGUGACAUGUUUGCUGGCGUUGGUCCCUUUGCUAUUCCAGCAGCACAGAAAGGAUGCGUAGUGUAUGCAAAUGACCUGAAUCCAGAUAGCAUUCGUUUUCUGAAGAUUAAUGCAGAAAUCAACAAAGUUGAUGAUCUUGUUUGUGCAUACAACAUGGAUGCAAGAAAGUUCAUUAUGCAAUUGAUGGCGGUGCCAGAUGGUGAGAUUAAAAUGGAUCCUGAUUUCCUCAAUAGGAAAUGUAGUGAGAAAUAUGAGAUGGAUGCCAAUGAGGAAUCAAAGUCGGAAAAUGGGAAGCCAACUGGUGUUGAGGUGAAGUACGUACCAGAUACUAUUACUAGUGAUCUGGAGUGUGCGCAAGGCUCAAGUAGGAAAGCAGAUACAUCUGUUUCUGCAGUUAAAAGGCCUUCAGAGAAUGGGGGUGCUGAUGGAACUCAUACCUUUGAAGCUUGUCAAAGAAAACGAAGCACAAAUAAGAGGAUGAGAGGCUCUGAGAUAUCAAAUGCUAAGACUUGGGAACAUGUUGAUCAUUUGAUAAUGAACUUACCUGCUUCUGCUCUUCAAUUUCUAGAUGUAUUUAGGGGCAUACUCCAUAGGGAAUAUUGGAAGGGACCUCUUCCAUGGAUUCAUUGCUAUUGCUUCAUGCGGGCAAAUGAAACCCAAGAAAUUAUCGUUUCGGAGGCAGAAUCUGCCUUGAAUGCCCGUAUACAAGACCCAAUAUUUCAUAGGGUUAGGGAUGUGGCUCCAAACAAGGCAAUGUUUUGCUUGAGUUUUAGGCUGCCAGAAGCAUGCUUCAAUGAAGAUACCACUGACAAUGUAAUUCAUAAUGCUGAUCGAGAGUGAUUAGCACUUCAUAUUUUGCCAAGGCUUCAAGAUUGGGUUUGACGCAGUAUUAGGUGCGGGUACAAUGGGUUAAGUGACCUUGAACCCAAAGACAAACUGCCAACAGAAAAUAGGGAUGGCCUCUAUGGGUCACUUUGAGUUAGUUGAUGGCAAAAAUGUUGAGAAUUAUUGAGAUAAAUCAACAAUUUGAAGUGUCUUUCUUCUUUAAGCCCUACAGUGUAUCAUUCCCUUUUGUUGGGUCUUAUGGUCAAUCGGAACAUCAACAAAAACCUGAGUCAACAUUGUCUGACUACGAUCUAUCUCAACAUAAACAAAGAUUCGACUGGUGCUCUGUCCAACUUCUAAAA